AUGGCAACUUCUCGAAAGCACGCAUCCCCCGAGCGGAUGUUUGGUGGAGUUGUAACCGCCGUAGGAUGCCGGAUCAUCUCUGUGAAUGACUGCUGCAAUAAUUUAAAGGAAAACCUAUUGAACGACAAAAGAGCCUGCGGGGAUCUGGCAAUGGGAAUCAUCUUAUUAUCACAGACUACAGUUGGAAUCUCGGGCAAUUUCUCUCUUCUUUACCAUUACCUUUUCCUUCACUUCACUGGAGGCAGGUUGAGACUGACAGACUUGAUUCUCAAGCACCUGAUUCUAGGCAACUCCUUGGUCAUAUUGUCUAAAGGAGUCUCCCAAACCUUGGCUGCUUUUGGUUUGAAACAUCUCUUCAGUGAUUUAGGAUGCAAACUCCUUUUGUAUGUUAGCAGAGUGGGCAGGGGUGUGUCCAUGGGUGCCACUUGCCUCUUGAGUGUGUUCUGGGCCGUCAGGAUCAGCCCCGUGAACUCUAGCUGGAAGACUCUUCAAGUAAAUGCUCCAAAGUGCAUUGUCUUCUCCAUUUCCCUCUGCUGGAUCAUGUAUGUCGUGGGAAAUGCUUUUUUCCCUAUAUAUGUGUUAUUUAUGUCUAGGGAAUGGAAUAGCAAAAAUAUGACAAAGAAAAGGCAUUUUGGAUACUGUACUGCUGCAUAUGAUGAGCAAAUCAGUGGCUCAGUAUAUGCAGCCCUAGUAACCUUCCCUGAAGUCUCACUUUCUGGGCUCAUGCUCUGGGCCAGCGGCUACAUGGUGCUCAUCCUGCACAGGCACAAGCAGCGGGUCCAGCACAUUCACAGCACUAAUGUCUCCCCCAGGUCCUCUGCUGAGUCCAGAGCCACCCAGAGGGUCCUUGUCCUGGGGAGCACCUUUGUGUGUUUUUACUUCCUCUCCUCUAUCUUUCAUAUUUGUGUUGCUUCUUUUAAAAAUCUCGAUUCGUGGGGGGUGACUUUCUCUGCUGUAAUUUCUGUGUGUUUUCCAACUGUCAGCCCCUAUCUGCUCAUGAGCUGGGACUGCACUGUAUCCAGGCUCUGCUUUGUGAGGAUAAGGGACCCAAAGCCCCCUUAUUGUACCAGAACAAUGUAA